UAUGUGACGUACAAUCGUGCAUUUCCUCAUACUGACGGCAGUGCGUUCGCCAAGUCCCAAGUUCGGCACCGACUGCUCGGCUCUUGUUUUAUUCACCGCCAAACAGCAGGACAUCAUGUUUCAAUACGGAACGUUUGCGAUUUUCUUCGUAUUUGGAUUUGUGUCCCAUCUGUCACUUGGGGCUGAGGUGAAGGUCAUGGACAAGGAUGACAAGUUGUGUCUUUACGCCAAUGUCACGGCCAACUUCUCUGUGUUGUAUGCGACGUCAGAGAACAAGAGUGAGCUAGCCACGUUUGAGCUUCCCUCCGAAGUCACGUCUACCGGAAGCAAAUGCAGCAACACGACUUCAACCCUGAAGCUCAACUUCGGAGCGGGACACUCCUGGAGCGUGAACUUCACUCUCAACGGGAACACAUACCAGGCGGAUUCCAUCACGUUUUCCUACAACCUCAGCGACUCCACCAUCUUCCCUAAAUCUGCAUUGAACGACACCCUCUCUGUGGAUGUAAGGCCUCAAAUCACCGACGUAAGCAUGGACACCUGCUACUCCUGCAUGAGUGAAGAGACCAUCAGGUCCGACUCAGUCAACCAGACCCUGUGGAACGUGCUCAUCCAGGCGUUCAUCAGCAACGGCACACAAAGCAAAAACCUGACCACCUGUUCGGCCGACCUGCCCACCACACCCACUGCCUCUCCCACCACAGUGGCUCCAGUGACGAACACCACCACCAGUAUGCCCACUCCGCCAACAACCCCUGCCCCAACCCUCCCCACACCCACCACUGGGAGGUUCAACAUCAAACCUGAUGAGAACAGCACAGCGUGUCUGAUGGCAAACUUCGCCUUGCGGAUUGGCGUUGAGCUCGGCGAGAAGUAUCAAGAGAUGAACUUGGAUCCCAACGGGACCACCGCGUCUGGAUCGUGUGGCGUCAACACUAGUGAGCUGGUGUUGGUAUCUAACACCUUGACUAUCAUGCUCACUUUCACCAAUGACACCAGAAAAUUCCACCUACAGGCUGUGAAUGUCACCGCUAACCUGAGUUCUGGUGUGGUUUUCUCUGAGGCAAACAGUAGCUUGAGUCUGUGGGAAGCAGCGGUGGGCAGCUCGUACAUGUGCAACAAGGAGCAGAACUACACCAUCACCACCAAGCUCACCAUCUUCACCUUCAACCUACAAGUGCAGCCUUUUGCUGUGAAGAAGGGUGUCUUCAGUACAGCCCAUGAGUGUCCAUUGGACGACACCAGCAUCUUAAUCCCAAUCAUUGUCGGCGCUGCUCUGGCUGGCUUGAUUCUCAUUGUAGUGAUCGCAUACGUGAUUGGUCGGAGAAAGACCUAUGUUGGAUAUCAGACGCUUUGAGAAGCCACUUUGCAAAUCAGUCACAAAAUAUGACAGAGGGUCCCCCCAAGCCUGGUCCUUGUAUUCAUGUGCAACAAACUUGAUUGGCUCUUGACAAUUCAAACCCUUUUCAUUGAAAUCAGAAAUGUGCAAAGUUGUUUUGAGGGUUAAACAUGCACACUGAGCAUUUCUGAGAGUUUGCUGAGACAAUAAUGUGGUAGUUUUUCUUCAAGGACCAAACUUGUCUGUUCCCUGUGUUUUGUUUUUCUGUUUUCCAUUUUUUUGUUUUUGUGAAUGAGCAAAUGCAAAGUUGUUUAGCCCCGUUCAAUACAAAACAUACAACUCUAUGUAUAUUAUAUAAAAUCAAUAAAAAUAGCCUUCCACUGCCUUUUCAAUUUCUAUAUUAGAAGUCAUUUUGUUUCCUUUGGUCAAUUUGGGGGUGACAUUCUGAAAAGGUUUUCCCCAAUAUUGAACUUUAUUGAGAUGCACCUGUGUAAUGCAAUUUAGCAAUGCUGCGGGACUAUAUUCAGCUCACCGUGACAAUUUUGCAUUUGCUCUGCCGACACUCCAUGUUUUCUUGAUUUCAUCGCUUGCACAUUUCUUACUUUUACUUUGAUUUAUUUUCAUUUGUAUUUUUCAUUCCAAUCAUCCAGGGGUGGGGAACCUAUGCCAUGUGGUCUGUAUAUUGCCUGCCAUGAAAUUCCACAAACAAAUCCUCAGAGGAACUGUUGGAGAAAAAAAGCUUCAAAUCAUAAGUAAUUAAUUUCAGAAAGGUUCCCCACCCCUACUUUGAUUUAUUUCAUUGAUGCAGAAUAUUUUCUCAGGAGUCAGAUGCAAACCCUUCACCUAAGUGCAGAAAAUGAAGUUAGUUUAGUGAAGGCGCGCUCCACUUGGAUCGCAUAGAAAAGAAGCUUUAGCCAAUGUUUGCCCCCGCAGAGCGGGAAAAAACAUUAGAUUACACAAUUGUGAGAGACCUUUAUAUUCUCAGACCAAGAAAGAGGUUAGAAUGUGUCAAGCGUUUUCUGCUCAAAGGGUUUGUCACACUUGGCACGAGUCAGAGAAAUCAAUCGAAAGAGUCUUUUCUGCCGUAAUUGUUUGUGACAUUAGGUGAAAAGGGAUGGUAUUGUUUCAUUUGAGGAUGUUUGAAUGCACUAAAAUGCUCUUUUACGUCUAUUUGUGUUUGGAAAUCGUUACCUGAUUAUUAUGUAUUGUGAUCCAGGCUCUGAAGGCUGCAGGGGCCCCAAAAUGAAUGUGUAACACAGUCAUGUGUUAUUGGUGGUCUCGGAAUAAUCUGAGCAGGAGGUACAGAUAGACAGAAGCUUUCCAUGGCCGCCUUGUUGGGCCAUAAUGGUGUGAAAGGUGCUCAGCGCCACCCUCACCUUGACUUUGUGUGAUGUUUAGUUUUUCCCCCAACUUGCACCGCAGCCAGCUCAGAGCCUCAGGAUAACAGUACUGUGUUUUAGUUCUUUUUCUAUUGUGACGAUAACAAGCCAGUGUAGUGUGACUCAUUUAUGCGGAGGAGAAUUAGGGCCUUGCUGAAAAGAAAAUACAAGAAUAAAGUCGCCAAAAAAGCUGUAACAGUGACAGUUUUUUUUUUUAAAGCAGAGUCGUAAAGUGAUGACUACAACUGAAAAGUUGGGUUCCGGUUGAACAAAAAGUUAAAAUAUUUUGAGAAAGUUUUAAUAGUCCAUAUUUUAAAAGUCAUAAAGCCUUAAGCCGUAUAGUAUGGAAAACAAACAUCAUUUUUUGGGGGGGGUCAGAUCGCAAUUAUUUUCAUUAGUUUGUGGUAUCACAUUACUUUUGCCCCUGCAUUAUAACUUAAUGUUCAUAUAAUUACAUGUUUCUCCUCAGAGAAUUAUGACUUCUCAAAAAUUAUUCACUCUUAUUCCAACUUUCAUCUUAAGUUAACUUUGGGUCAAAGCUAAAACUUCUCCUCAUAGUAUCACGAACACUCAUUCAUUGCUGUCUCCUAGUAUUACGUCUUUUUGCCAUUUGUUGUUAAAUUGCAGUUUCCCCCUCAUAGUGAUACUACUACCCCCCCCCCCCCACACACACACACGUAUAUUAUAAAUAGUUACAGAUUUCGCCGUAAUUCGUUAACUAUAUUCUAAUUGGAUUUAAAUCUUUUCAGCAUGGCCCAAAUACGGCUUUGUAUGUUCCGACUAAAGGAGCAAUUGUUUGUUUGUUUUUUGUUUUGUUUAAUUUGCACCGUAACUUUGCUUCUCCCAGGGUUGUGUGUGAGUGUUUAAACAGUUGCAGUGUUGUUACUCUCAGCUUUAUGCCAUAGAGAAUAGUGCCUUGCUCAGUGCAAGCAUUGGCUUCCAUGACUUAAGCCGACAUCAGGUUUAUUUUUUCUCCCCACCAUCUCGCAAGUUCAUCAAAAGGGAAUCUGUCUGUAUAACUGUCUUUGUUUUGCGCUCACAUCCUGAGUUAUGCAGUGUCAAACUUGAUCGUUUUAGUAUUCUGGAGGUUUAUGGAAAUAAAAGUGUGCUGCUGUUCUA